AUGCCUUUUCCACCUAUCAGUCUCCAGCAGAAGAUCCCUUCCCCCGCGAGGGAUUUAUUCGGCAAAAAGAAAACCAGUGGUGAGAAGAGGGACUCCGGGAAGGAGAAGCAGACCUCAACUUGGACGACGGUUAAUAUAAGAAAUUUGGGGCGCAGGACACAGCAGGAUAAGUGUAAAAUCCCCUCGCAGAAGGCCGUGCAGGGGAAAUCUUCCUGGCUGCCCGCGACCAAACCUCAGGACUCAACUCCGGCUUUAGUGAGGCGCUCCACCUCCGCCGAUAACGGCAGAUCGUUCGCAAGCAAAGAGGACUCAACCAAGAAGGAGAUCCAGUUCACACUCAGCCUCACGCCGGAGGCCAUCCUUGUCAUUCAGAAGAGAAAUUUGGAGAAACAGAUGCUGGCGAAGCAGCAGAAAUGCUGCGCUUCCACAGACUUCCGACACAGGCGCGUCUUCCCGUCCAAAAAAGCGUCGCAGGGGACUGCCAAAGUGGCGCAGGUUGCCAAAGUGGAUGAAGUGGAACAGGACAUAACGGCCAUCGUUAAAAUCUCGCUUUUGAAUGACCAACACAAGUAUGACGAUGUGGAGUAUGAGGAGGAGGACGGAGAUGUGGACGAGACAGUGAUGAGGAAGUGUAAAGAGUGGCUCAAGGGGGUUGAAAGUGCUGCUGCUUUGGGAAAAGUUGAUAAACAUUCCACACUACCGCACCUUAAAGGUUGCUCAUAG